AUGAUGGAGUUUGGUACUUGUUUUCCUGAUUCUUUUCUACUUGAGCUGGCCAAUAGAAAUCGUUUGUCUGGUCAUCAGAACACUAGUAGGACCAUAACUACACAACAAAUUCAGUCUUGUCCAAGCUUCAAUCUUUUGCUAAUGCUGAGCGAAUUGAUGCCCACACAAACGGAUGCGCCUGGUACUGAUGGCCACUGUAGUGCCAUACAGGGCGAUGCUGCAAACAGCAACUUUAUGGAUGCAUUCAUCCACCCCGAUUACUUUUAUAAAAUUUUCUCUCGGAAACGGGGAAGACCUUCCCUAUCGAAGAAGAAGGAUUCGGCCCAGUGUUCUUCUUCAGAUUCAAACGAUGAUGAUUCCGUUGAUAUGGAUGACUCACUCUUUGAAACGAUGUCAUCCAAACAUCGUUCCAAAAAAAGCUUGACCUCGCAGAUAGCUAGAGAACGAAAGAAGGGCUGGGAAAAGUCAUUGUUGACGCUCUACUCCAACCUCUACGCCAAAGUCAGUGAAAAGGAAAUGAGAGUAAAGCUAUUGCAGGAACAGGUGUCGAUGCUCCGAAAUUUAUUAAACUCAUCUCAUACCAACCCUGCAUGA